AUGCUUUAUCCGUUGGUUGAAUCCUCAUUACCAGAAGACUUAUUACGAGUGUGGCAGCGGUCUAACAGUGCAGCUGAAAAUGGUAACGUUGGAAAGGCGUCGAAUGUGUCAAAAACGCGACUCGAUGGACUUAUAAGAUUCUUGGAAUCCGAGGUUCAAAACGAACUGAGAAUCUCUAUGGCCGUAAAGGGAUUCGACAUAGGCGGUAAACCGAAACGGGAGCGAAAAGCAGAAAAGAACUUGCCGAGUGCGCGGAAUCUGCUUGCUUCGGUAGUGAAAGAGGACAAGUGUGUUUUUUGUGAAAAAACGAACCACAUGAGUGAACAGUGCUUCAAAGCGGAAAAAAUGCCGCUAUCGGAAAAACAAGAAGCGGCAAAAAUUAAGCGCGUUUGUUUCGGUUGCUUGAAAAGCGGACAUAUAAAGAAGCAUUGUAGAUCGAAAUUGAAAUGUUCAAAAUGCGGCAAGAGACACGUGGACAUAAUGUGCCCGGGACGAAGAAGUCGUCCGAGUUCGCGGUCCGAUUCAGAAAGCUCGGUAAGUGCAGUCAACAUUCCGAAAGAAUGCGCUUUAGCUUCAUCGGCCGAAAUUCCCGCGACUUUCAUGCAGACUCUAAGGGUGCGAGUGCGAAAUGAAGUGAAGGAUGUUGUCGUUCGUGCGUUGAUCGACACCGGGUCGCAAAACUCGUAUGUGUUGAGUAAACUUGCUGAAAAAUUGGAUUAUAAACCGCAUGGACAGCAAGAUAUGGUGCAUUUACUUUUCGGCGGAAGUAAAUCGGAUGUCGCGUCGCACCAGAAGUUCCAAGUGCGUGUCGGGAAUCUCGAUGGAACAUACUGGUGCAAUUUUGAAGCGCUCGGCGAUAAAGUGAUUUGCUCGAAUGUACCAUGUGUAAAAAGAGGUGCGUGGUUGGAAGAGCUGAAAAAACGGGACGUUAUAAUGAGCGAUGUCGAUAGUGAAGAAGAGUGCGUAUCCAUCCUCAUUGGCGCCGAUAUAGCGGGAAAGUUGCUGACAGGGCGGUUACACCAAACAGAAAGUGGAUUAACAGCGGUAGAAACACAUCUGGGAUGGACAUUGAUGGGUAAAAUGCCGCCAAAGGAGAACGCUGAAAAUAAAGAAAACUUGGCCGUUUUGUCUAUCUCCAUGUUGACAAAAGAUGUGGAUAUAAAAGAUUUAUGGUCAUUAGAUGUUAUAGGAAUAAACGAUCCUAUAGAUCAUAAAUCACGUAAGGAUCAUAACAUUCAAGUUGAGCAGAACUUCAAGGAAUCUAUUGUGAAAAACCCCGAAGGUCGUUAUGAGGUAAAACUACCAUGGCUGGAUUAUCACCCCGAGCUCAAGGACAACAAGAGCAUGGCCACGCAACGAUUGGAAAAAAUGGUCAAGAAACUACGAGAGAUGCAGAAAUUCCAGGAAUAUGAUGGGAUAUUCCGAGAAUGGCUCCACGAGGGGAUAAUAGAGCAGGUACCAGCACAAGAAAUGGACAACUGGGGUGUUUAUUUGCCACAUCGCCCGGUUUUCAAAGAAGAAGCUACAACAAAGACGAGGCCAAUAUUCGAUGCGUCAGCAGGCAGCCCAUCCCUAAAUAGCUGUCUGGAAAAAGGACCGAAUCUUAUCGAAGAAGUCGUGGACAUUUUAUUAAGGUUUGGAGAAGGUAAAAUUGGUGUGAUUUCUGAUAUCAAAAAAGCGUUUCUUCAAAUAAGUAUUGAUCCCGUAGAUAGGGAUUUUUUGAGAUUUCUUUGGUAUGACGCGCAGGACAAUCUGAUAAUGUUCAGACACUGUAGGGUAGUUUUUGGUGUUUGUAGCAGUCCAUUUAUGUUAGGGGCGACCAUCAGUCUACAUUUAGAAAAUUAUUUAAAAUCAAUUGAAAGUGAACGCGGUAUAUUUGUCUCUGAAUACUUUUACAUCUCGAAGCUCAAACGUAGUUUUUAUGUGGAUAAUUGUGUAGCGAGUGUGGAUAACUUCGAACAAUUAGCUGACUUCAAAUAUAAAGCAAAAUCUGUGAUGGAGACAGGUCUUUUUGAUUUACGUGGAUGGGAAUAUACUCAUGACAAUUUGAAUAAUGUUUGCGGGGUACUUGGCUUGAAAUGGGAUAAAGAGAACGACACGCUAGCGCUAAAUAUUUCGAAUAUUGAGAAAGUCGCGGUUGACAAGAUAACUAAAAGGGUAAUUUUAUCGGUAGCACAUCGCAUUUUCGAUCCGCUAGGCUUUGUAUGCCCAAUAUCACUCGGUCCCAAAAUUUUGUUACAGGAAGCGUGGGCAGCUAAAAUUGGUUGGGAUGAAGAAGUGAACGAAAGUAUUAAGAAACGUUUUUUGGUUUGUAUCAAGGAAUUAACAAAAUUGUCGGAAGUAAAGAUACCGCGUUGUAUGUUAGGCGUCAAUCAAUCGGAAACGGACGUAGAAGUAAGUUUACAUACCUUUGUCGAUGCCAGUAAAUUAGCAUAUGCUGUGGAAAUUUUUUUAAGAAUUCAAAAGGGUUGGGACGUGCAGCUUCGUUUUGUACAAGCAAAGACUAAAGUUACGCCUGCCAAAAAAGGUGACACGGGUAAUUCUAUAAGUAUACCACGAUUGGAAUUAUUAGCGGCAACGAUUGGUGCAAGACUAACUAGGCAUAUUUUGAACGCAAUGGAUUUUAAAAUAGAUAAAGUAUUUUACUGGUCAGACUCGUCAACGGUUAUCACGUGGAUCAAUAGGGAAAAUAAUUGGAGCGUUUUUGUCGCGAAUCGGAUCAAAGAAAUAAGAAAUAUUUCGGAAGUUAAGCAAUGGCGGCAUAUUCCGGGCAAUAUGAAUCCUGCUGACUUGCCAUCACGAGGAUGUACGGUUGAUCAGUUAUUAGAAUCUCGGUGGUGGGAGGGUCCGGAUUGGCUCAAAAAGAAUGAAGAAAGUUGGCCUAAUUUUCCCGAUCAAAAUAUAGACGAAACAGAAGUACUGUCGGAAUUGAAGAGAUCAAAAAUUCAAAAUUCCGCCUUAAUCGCAUUAGCAAGCAGUGAUAGAGAAAAUAUGUUCAGUAGAUAUUCUAGUUUCUCGAAAGCGACAAAAGUAAUGGGCAGGAUCAAAAGAUUUAUUUUUAAUUGUGAAAAUUCUGCGUUGCGUAGGGAAGAAAACUUUUUGACGGCGAAAGAGUGUCGUGAAGCUGAAAGGAGUCUGCUGAAAAUGAUUCAAAGAGAAAAAUUCAAUGGCGUAACGGAUGAGAAAAUAAGAGAACUCAUGCCUUUUAUGGAUAGCGACGGCGUUAUUAGAACAAGAUCGAAAAUUUCAUUUCGUGAGGAUAAUUUCGAUUUCCGUUGUCCAAUUAUUCUUCCUGAAAAAGAUCACCUCAUAGAAUGCUUGAUUAGGGAAAAGCAUAUAGAUCUCAAGCAUGCGGGAGUUACAAUCACGUUAGCGGUGUUGCGGGAGAAAUUUUGGAUUAUAAAAGGUCGGAAAGUCGUGAGGAAAGUCAUACAAAAAUGUGUAGAUUAUCGCAGACACGACGCGAAAGCAAUUGAGACGAAUACUCCGCCAUUACCACUCAACAGAGUCAGGGAAGCUGCGAUAUUUGAGGUGAUAGGUGUAGAUUUUGCAGGCCCAAUUUUUCUUAGAGAUGGAAUAAAGGCUUGGAUUUGUAUUUUUACGUGUGCAGUUUACAGAGCGGUUCAUUUAGAAUUAGUGAACUCACCUAAUGUAGCUUCCUUUUUAAUGGCUUUACGACGACACAUAGCGAGACGCGGCAGACCGAGCGUGAUUUAUAGCGAUAACGGGACGAAUUUCGUCGGACUCAGCAAUAGAUUGAACACUUUUGAUUAUAAUUCAAUCGCGAAAACUCUUGCAAUAGAACAAAUUGAAUGGAAAUUUAAUCCGCCAUCGGCGCGGUGGUGGGGAGGAUUCUGGGAAAGGUUAAUCGGUAUUCUUAAGAGAUUGUUGAAACGUACCCUUAGAAAAACGUGUUUGAAUUAUGAGGAAAUGCUCACAACAUUGAUAGAUUGUGAGGCUAUCAUAAAUUCUCGGCCUAUCACCUAUUUUUCGGAAAAACAGGGUGAAAUUGUACCAUUAUCUCCUUCUAUGUUUUUGCAAGAAGUGAGGGAAACCGGAGUAAUAGAUUUAGACAGAGUCGAAAGAGUCGUUAUGAAUAAGCGUUUUGCAUACAGGCAGAAGAUAAAACGGGACCUGCGCCAAAGGUUUCGAAAUGAAUACUUAGGAGCCUUAAGUUAUCCUAAGCGAAAAAAUAGAAUUGACGAGAAAAUACAAGUCGGAGACGUUGUUCUGGUAGGGAGUGAUAAUUCCAAACGAAUGGAUUGGCCAUUAGGCAGAGUGAAAAAGUUGUUUAAGGGAACGGACGGUAAUAUGCGGGUUGCAAAACUGGUAACAGCUUCCGGGGAAAUAACACGUCCUGUUCAGCGUCUAUAUCAGCUCGAAUUGAAUUCGUCGUUUGGGGAUGAAAAUGGUCUCAAGAACGCGUCGGUCGAAAUGAGGAAAGAUGAAAGACCUAAUUGGGAAAAUAUUAAUAUAAAAAACGUCAAGGAAGACAAACAAAUUAGAACUAGAAGCGGGCGUAUUUCCAAAGAACCCAGACGCCUUGAUUUGUGA